GCAGACAGGACAGCAAAGACAGACAAGCAGCACCGUGCAGCAGUGAGUUCUUCAGACCGUCAGGAGGAAAGUGAAACAUGAAUCUGUAGGUUGAUGGACGUGUGGCGUGAGAGCAUGUGAAAAGAGUUCAUUUGUUCUCACGGUCAUUGCGUAACAGUUUGCAGCCCACUUCUUAGAUUUUGCCACCGCCAGCCCUGGUCACCAUCUUAUCUCUGAGCCUUCCAACCAACCUGACCUCAACCACAACCCUUCAGUACAACACUAACCCACAUUCUCACGAAAACACUUCUCCUUCACGUCUCUGAGAAAAAUGGCUGCAAAGAUACAAUGAGGAACCAACAGGUCUCAGAGCAGUAAAUAUGAUCUGAUCUGUGUUGUUUCCCAGCUGCUGCAGCAUCAACAUGUUGCACCAUGGACAUCAAGAGUCAAAGUGUGCUGGACGAGGAGUUUGACUCUUCACCUGUCUGUUCAUGUGUGCUGUCAAACAUCACCAUGAAUCCUGUCUGUUUCUAAUAAACACUAUCUGAAGAAAACAAGCUGCGUUCAUGCAAACAUUUAUCUGAACUAACAGUCACACAACUUCCCCUUCUUCACCCUGAGAAACACGUCACUGUCACAUACACACCGUGGGACCAGACACAGUGUGAACUUCACAUAAAGACAAAAAUAUAAAGUCACUGUGAGGAAGUGACAUCACAGUAACCACAGGAAGUAGACGCAGCAGCUCUCUACUAAAGCACGACUUUAGACAGUCCAGAGACAGAAGAAGAAGAGAGACAGAGAGUCACCAUGGUCGACUUCAAAUGGAUUCUUAUAGCGCUGCUUCAGUUUACAGCAGCAGCUGAAGGACUUCCCCCCUCCUUCACUGUCAGAGCUGGACAGGAAGUCACUUUGCCUUGUGGAAAUGUGAUAGACGAUCAGAAAAACUGUAACAGUACAACAUGGCUCUUCAGUUAUUCAAGUCAGAGAGCAACAGUAGCGCUGAUUGAACUUGGACAGAUCAAGUUCAAUCAGAUUGAUAAAUCUAAAUCAGACAGACUGAGUGUUAGACAGAAAUGUUCUCUGGUUAUAAAGAAGGUCACACACGAAGAUGCUGGACGUUACGACUGUCAACAAUGGAAAUCAAGACAAGGACCAAGUUAUCUCUAUGUGGUUUAUCUGUCUGUUGUUACCAUGACUGAACACAAGAACACUGAUCAGGUGGAGUGGUCCUGUUCAGUGUCGACAUUUGAAGGAUGGUGUAGACGCACAGUGAAGUGGCUGUAUAAUGGUAACAAUGUGGAUGAAUAUAACAAAGAUGUGCAGACAUCACAGUCUCUCUGCUCUGCCUCUGUGACCUUUCAGUCUUCUCAUUUCAUUCACACAUCAAACUCUGACUUAUUGAAGUGUGAAGUGACUGAUGGUGACAAAGUGCAGCUGUUUCCCUUCAGACUUCAGCCCUCAGGUGAGAAACCAGGUUUGUUGAGGUUCAUCAUCGUGUCUGUGGGUUUAGCAGCUCUCAUAAUAAUCGUGGUGGCAGUCAGCAUGUGGACAAGAACUAAAGGGAGAAAAACACAGACGGAUGAAAACAUGGUGGCUGAUGAUGAAGAUGAUGGUGCAGUGAACUAUGAGAACGUCACAUCUUCUGUUUGAGUUUGAGCAACACUUCUGCCUCCAUCAGACUCCACCCAUCAACAACUUGUACAUCAGCUCAGCAUGUUUUCCAUGAGUAGAUGAAGAUUUGAAGUCACAAAAACAUCCUAAGAUCAUUUUGAGAGACUUAUUAUUUUAGUUUUUGUCUUUUUCUGCAUCUGUUGUAAAAACUUUUCUCAUCUGCAGUCAGUUCAGAACACAGCAGCUGGAUUUGAACUGUUUGAACUGGAAAGAGCUUUUAACUCUUGUUUAACUUCCUUAAAUUUGCUUCUGACCAAAUCAUUUAGUCCUGACUUUAAGAUGAACUGAUCAGUGUUGAAGCUACAGCUUGAGCGCACGUCUUCAUUCAAGAUGAACUCAUUUAAAUUCACCUGUUAGCUUUUUUGUUGUUGGUAACAUGUUUGUUAAGAGUCCAAUGUGUGUUUGGCUUGAAUGAGCUUUGAGUCUUAAUGGAUUCACUCAGAGUUUUGUCUUUAUUUUCUAUGAUAAUUAUAGAAUCUGCAAAUAAAGAAAUG